AUGCUCAGGCACACUUGGAACGGUGUCUCGUGCAGUCUCUCGUAUGGCGCGUCAGCGUCGAGUGCCAUGCGAGAAAUUAGCGAGCAGAUCAAACAGAGAAAUGUGGCCUCGACUGGUGCUCAGGUGAAGUGGCAGGGCCCAGUCUACACGACGCAGGAGUCGCAGUGGGACUGCCCUACCUGGGAGACAUCCCUUUCAGAGUACAUCGCCUACGUCAAGGCUGUCGAUGCCGCUGACCCAGACUGCAAAGAGUGCAACGCAGAGCAGUGCCCGCGCCUCUACCUCAAUGGCUGGCCAGCCUUUAGCCGGUUGCCCUGGUUGCGGGAGUACGUAGUCAAUCCCACCUUCGUGGACGAUGUCUCUGGGCAGCUGAUCGCGGAUAACGAAGAGCUGAGGGAGGCGUUCAUCUCCGCCGUCACCAAAGGUUACAGCCAGCCUUCUGAAGAAUAUCGCAGAAAGCUGAUCGACGACGAGUACUGGGAGCUGACGAAGCUUUUCAUUUCACCCAAGGGGGCGCUCACGCGGCUUCACUUCGACAACGGCGGGGCGCAUGUGUGGCUCUCGCAGGUCCGCGGCCGCAAGCUGUUCGUGUGCUUCCCUCCGUCGGACGGCCCUCACCUGCACGCCUUCGAUGGCGACGAGGGCCUCCCGAACGGCUCUUGGAUCGACCCGCUUGACGUCGACGUGCUGAGCAAGUGGCCCGACUACGGGAACGCCACGCCCUAUGUGGGCGUGGUGGAGGAGAGGGCGAGACCCUCUUCGCGCCGCAGGGCUGGUGGCACUAUACCGUGGGCCUCCAGGACACCUCGAUCACGAUCAUGCGGAACUUCUAUAGCACCCCCAACAGGGCGGAGCACGUGCGCCGCAAGGACGAGGCGCUCGCGAGCGCUGUGGGCACCCACAUACUCAAGCGCCAGUCCAAGCUCCGGGAGCAGCCAGAGAAGGUGCUGCAGGGUAUCGCGAGGCAGACCGUUUCAAAGCUAA